UCCAGAAAAUUAUACGAACAAAAAAUAUGAUAUCUGGCUCUGAAUUAGACAUGUAAGAGAGAUAAAAACAUAGGAAGCCCCCUUUCUUCAUCUCUUCUACCUCUAUUAUUCCCUCCUUCAUGCCUCCAAUGGCAGCAGCAGCAGCCGCCUCUUCUUCCAUGUCUGUUGGGAAUUACUCCCUUUUUCUAAACAGGCUAACAGCCAAUCUCUCCUUUCCUUCAUCAUCAUCAUCAUCAUCAUCAUCAUCAUCUACUGCUGCUACUAAAACAAGAAAACCCAAACCUCACCAGGUCCUCACUCACCCACAACCUCUUCUUCAUCAUCAUCAUCAUCUCCAUCUCCUUCCCUUUUUCAGCACCACCACCAGCAGCAGCUGCAGCUUUGUAGCAGCUUCUGCAUAUGACGAUGCUGCAGUCAAUGAGGAAGAAGAAGAAGAAGAAGAAGAAGAAGAAGAAGAAGAAGAGAAGAGGAGAUUGUAUGUAGGGAAUCUUCCCUAUUCGAUGACCUCCUCCCAACUUGCUGACAUCUUCCAAGAAGCCGGCCAAGUCCAUGCUGUCGAGAUUGUUUAUGAUCGGGUGACUGAUCGGAGCCGAGGAUUCGCAUUUGUGACGAUGGGCAGUGUUGAAGAGGCCAAACAAGCAAUUCGUAUGUUCAAUGGAUCUCAAGUGGGGGGGCGGAGCGUGAAGGUGAAUUUCCCUGAAGUACCACGAGGAGGAGAGAGAGAGAUCAUGGGGCCAAGAAUUCGCAGCAGCUCCAGAGGCUAUGUCGACAGCCCAUACAAGGUCUAUGCCGGCAACCUUGGGUGGAGGCUCACCUCUGAGACCCUCAAGGAGGCCUUUGAAAGUCAGCCUGGCUUGCUGGGUGCAAAGGUAAUCUAUGAGAGGGACAGCGGCAGGUCAAGGGGAUUCGGAUUUGUCUCCUUUGCCUCGCCAGAAGAGGCAGAGUCUGCAAUUGACGCUAUGAAUGGAGUGCAUGUGUGGCGAUUUAGCAGUACCAUGCAAGAUCAGAACCACUUACCAGGCAGGGCACCCCACAAGCUUGCCUUGGCUCAAAAGUCAUGCUGUCCAACUAAUCAGGAGGUGGAAGGACGACCUCUACGGUUGAGCCUAGCUGCUCAAAAAACCACCACGGCCGCAGCUACCCAGACCACCCAAGAAAUCAGAACAGAUACUGUAGGCAAUGAAAUGCAAUCUACUGUUGCCUAUUGAUCAACCGUAAUGAAGACUUGUCUUGAUUUGGCGAGAUCGAAACAUCUUUCAAUUGUAGAUUUAUCAUCACUCUAACCCAACAUUGGAGGAUCUCUUGAGUCCCUGUCUUGAAAUGCUCCAACCAUUUCUAUCAUAUGAAGCUUCUUUCAAUUAUUGAAGUGGUUCUGAAUGGAGAGCUGCAACCCCAGACCAGAAGAGUUUUCUGAAGAGUCAUCAGAUGUUUGUAGCACACUCACUACCCCACAUAAAACCCAUCAAAUUUCGAUGAUGGUUUAUGAAUGUUUUUAUUGUAUGAUGAACAGAAUCAAUUCCACGUUCAUCAUAUCGAUUUUGGAAAUUUUCUUUUGGAA